AUGUCUGCAUCGAAUCAAUUGAUAGUAGCCUGUGACGAAAUACAGACUAAUCUUUACAAUAAGUUUUUCAAUCCGAACAUUUGUCACGUUUGUAAGACGGCAUCUGAUGACAAUUUCAUAACGUGCGAUCAGUGUUACAUGAUCACUUAUUGCAGUGAACAACACAAGGAAUUCCACCGAACGCAGCAUAUGCAGAUCUGCACGGUUAUCAGAAGUUUCUUACGAGUGGAUGAGGGAUGGGACACUCGACAGUUAAGCCGGGAGGAAUGGAUCAUGUUGAGGCAAGAAUACUUAAGCUUAAUCAAGGAGGAAUUACGCUGCGAAUUGCUGAUGUACGAAGAGCAAAUGAUCGUGUUUGCAAAAUCAUGCCUGAUCUGUCGUCAACAAGCGAAUCUGUCCGCGUGCGCGAUGUGCCAUUCCGCUAACUAUUGCGACGUUCAUGUAGAACUGUUUCAAAGAUGUCACAUCACUAAUUGCAAAGAGCUAUUGUUGUCUCUCAAUUUAAAAAUUACGUCUCUGAAUGGCUUUAAGCCUUGGACAAAAUUCGUUGCUCUGUCCGAGAAGAAUAUACCUGUCGUUGACAUGGAAACGUUUCUUAAAGAAUAUAUGGAAGCGAGUAGUGAAGUAGACGAUGAUCGUGCAGACAUCUUUGAUAUGUAUUGCGCUCCAGUUUGGAGACUUCUGAUGCAUCUUAUUUGCGAGACAGACAAUUUAAGGGUUGUACUGAUAGGAAUGGAAUUGAAGGAAAGAUAUCGAAGUUUUGUUAUCAAUGUUGCUACUGAGCGCCCCGAAAGAAGGAACCAGAAACUUAUCAUUGAAUCUUGUCGUAUGUUGUAUCACGAUUAUGUGUGUAGUACGUUAUAUAAGAUACCAAACAUAAUUAUAGGGUUCCGGAUGGAUCUCACUCAAGAGGAUUUAUGGUUGGGGAUAAUUUUAAUGUUGCGCAGUCAAAAUUGCCCGUUGCUUUUAACCACCGCCUGUAAACUUAAAACGGAACAGAACGUAAGCAAGUUGAAAGAAGUUUUAGUAUCUUCGGAAUAA